GGAUGAUGCGAUUUUGCUGGAUUUUCCGUUGAUGGGUUUUUUUUUCCUUGGAUUUUUUUAAGAAAUACAAAUACAAUUUUUGAAACUAGAUUUUGUUACUCUUCUGUUGAAUUAAUUUGGUGACUGAAACAAGUACAAAGUAAUACACAUCCGGGCUCAACUCCCGUUGUUAAAAUUGGCAGAAUCUAAUGCUAUUUGUUUUAUCUCAUUUGCAAUCUUCAGUAAGGCACCUGGUGACAUUGUAUAAAGGGGCGGCAUCUUUUUUCUUAGUAGGAUUUGUCUCAAAAUUGUUCCACUCGUUCCAGAAAGAAUCUACCACCGAAAAUAAAAGUUCAGGAACUGACAAAGAUAGAGCUACACACACAAAAAAAAAAAAACCAUGCCCGCAACAAUGAACAUUUUGAUCUUCUCUUUCUUCUACCAGUUCUCUUUCUGUUAAGCAGGAGAAGAAGAGGAUCAUCAAGAAAGUUACCUCCGGGAUCAUUGGGAAUCCUCACAAUAGGCCAAAGCUCUGGCAUGCUCUGAGCCAUGAGGACAAACACGGGAGAAAAAUGGGUCCAAGAAAGAGUGAGGAAGUAUGGACCAAUCUCGAAGCUCACUUUCUUCGGUAAACCAACGGUGUGCAUUCACAGACAAGCAGCAAACAAGUUUGUAUUCUACGAAGACAGCAGCAUGCUUGCCAACAAGCAACCAUCGUCCAUCCGCGCGAUUCUGGAUCCUGCAAUCUGAUGGAACCAAGUGGCUAAGAUCACAAACGCGUGAGGGACUCUCUCAUGUCAUUCUUGAGACCAGAACCCCUGAAGCAGUAUGUGGGGAAAAUAGAUGGAGAUGUGAGAAAACACAUCGAGUUGCACUGGCAGGGCAUGGAAAAAAUUGCGUUGUGGAUAGAUGGAGAACCCUACAUCUUCAGCUCAAGUUGCUGAAAGAUCAGAGCAGUUACCACUAGCAAGUCAAUGUUUAAAAGGCCUGCUUAUAGGACAUGGCACUUUUGGAAGUGUUUACAUUGCAAGCAACCAAGAAACUAGAUCUCUAUGUGCAUCAAAGGAGUUUGAGCUAUUGCCUAAUGAUCCAAAUUCAGCAGAGUGCAUGAGGCAGUUAAAGCAGGAAAUUCAGGUACUUGGCCAGCUUAGACAUCCAAACAUUCUGCAGUAUUAUGUGAGUGAAAUUGUUGAGGAUCGCUUGACAUAUCUAGAAUAUGCACAUCAUGGAUCAAUAGACAAGUAUAUCCAGGAGCACCUUAGGACCCUAACGGAAUCUGUUGUCCACACUUUUACACGCCAUAUUGUGACUGGAUUGGCUUACCUGCAUGUUAACAACUCCAUACAUGGGGAUUUAAAGUGUGCUAAUUUAUUUGUGGAUGCAUUUGGGUUCAUCAAACUUGCUGACUUUGAGAUUGCUAAACAUUCUAAACUGGAUGGCUGCAGAGCUCAUACAAUCCUUGAUGGUGAAUAAUUACAGCACGGAUCUCAAUCGUGCUGCCAACAUGUGGAGUUUGAGAUGUACUAUUACCAAAAUGAUUACUUGGAAACCUCCUCGGAGUAUGAGUGGGCUCAAGUUAUAUUUAAGGUGAUGCGAAGUUCUCCAGCAAUCCCUGAGAUGUUAUCUGCCGAGGGAAAGGAUUUUGUGUAGUGCUGCUUUCGAAGACAGCCUGCGGAGAGGCCUUCUGCUGCCAUGCUACUUGAGCAUGCUUUCUUGCAAAUUUGAAAUUGCAGAUGACUGACUUAUUUCAAGUGCCGUACGUUGUCGCAAAAUGGACGUUGUCCUGUAAAGUUCUAUAUUUACUAAACCAAAAGGAUCACACGGUCCAUAGAUGUGAUGAAGUACCUAUAUAUCGACAAAAUAGGACACAUGCUCCUCUUGCAUGGUCUGACUGGCGGCAUAUCGAUCUAGGCAAUUUGACAGUGUUGCUUAAUCUAAACCUUUUACUGUAGAGUGCAUUCUUACCAGAAACAUUUUGCACGAAGUACAUUUAUUCAUCAAA